GAUCCAUAAUGGAAGUGAUUUCAUCCUGGGCUGCAGCUGUAGUUUUCACAGUCUUGCCUAAUAUAGGAGGUCUUUGCACAGCUCCGAUAGUCAAGAGGGAAAUGGCUUGGUAUAGAUCCCUGAAACUGCCACCCUGGCGCCCACCAAACUGGGUGUUUGGGCCUGUGUGGGGAAUUCUGUAUACAUCAAUGGGAUACGGAUCUUACCUGGUGUGGAAAGAGUUAGGAGGUUUCAAUGAGAAGUCCUUUGCUCUGCUUGGACUGUAUGUGGGGCAGUUAGCCUUAAACUGGUCAUGGACUCCUGUCUUUUUUGGACAACACAGAAUAGGACUGGGGCUAGUUGUUAUACUACUCAUUACAGGAGCAGCAACAGCUACAACGGUGGCUUGGUAUCACGUGAACAAAACAGCAGCAUGUUUGAUGUAUCCGUACAUAGGCUGGCUAGCAUUUGCCUCCCUGCUCAAUUAUUGCAUCUGGAAGGAUAAUCGUGAUAAGAAACGCUACGGGUAGAUUUAAAAAAUAAAUACAAUUGCAGUUUAACUGUAAAUAACUGCAGUUACAAUUCCAAUUCUACUACCCUGUUGCUGUCUCAGUAGAUCAUCUAAACAGAGAUUCAUGAAAUAAAGUGAAACUGAGCAAUUAAACUGUUACUGGAAAUGUGUCUGUAAUCAAGCUGAUGUUAAGUCCACAAAGGCUUUUAUACCAGCAGAUGUCAACAUUCACUG